AUGUCAACUCCCAUUGCGAGAAAGCCCGCUGCCAACCCUGCCAACACUCCUCCACGGAGGCCUCCCAACGAGAAUACUCCCAGCAGACCUCCUGUCGCAAGCGCCGUCCCAGCAACUACCGGACAGGGCCUUGCUCGUACUCCGUCCCUCCGACAGACCCGACUCGCAAGAAAACCUACAAAUCGUAUGAGCAACUCAUUCGCUUCUCCUGAAAGCGAACCCGACAACGAAGAGACCAAGGCCGCAAAUGCACAACUCAUCGCCGACUUGAAAGAGCAAGUCCACCGAGCAGAACAGGCUUCAGACCAGUACAGAAAGCAACUCGAAGUCAUGCAGAAACGACUAGAUGAUGCCGCCGGCGAGCAGACUACCUCGGAAGAGCGCGACUACCAAAGGCAAACCGAAAUCGAUCGUCUUCGAGUCGAGUAUAAAGACUCCAUCAGGCAAUAUCGCGAGCUUGAAAUAGCCUAUGAUGCGGACAAGAAUACCUUCCUCCAUGAACGGGAGAGACAGGUCAACAAGGAGGCUGACCUUGAGGCCAAGAUCAGCCGACUGACCGCGACCCUCCGAGCACGGGAUGCUGAUAGAGUGAGUGCAAGUCGGUCUGGGGCAGCCCAAAAGGACGACGUGGACAAUUCUACUCUGGAUGCGCCGGCUCCCGAUUAUUCCGAGGCUCUUCAACAAAAAGACGUAGCAAUCGAAAACCUCCGCCUUGAUCUAGCAGAAGCACAGCUCAAACUUGCAGAACAGGAACAUGUUGGAGAUGGGCGAGUUCAAUCCCUUGAAAAAGCCCUGAUGGAACUCAAGAUGCACAGUGCUCGGCUACUUGAAGAAAAUGAGAGUUUCCAAAUGCUUCUCAGCGAGAAAACACUUAAAGGAGAUUUUCUGCAUGAUAAUGGUGCGCACAUGAGUGGGAUGAGCACUUUGGCUGAAGAACUCGAAUCAAGUGGAGAACUAACUGAAGGACAAAGCGAUGCAGUUAAGAGGCUGGACGUCGAAAACCGCAGUCUUCGGGACCAGAACAAGGCUUUGGCUCUAUAUGUGGACAAGAUAAUUGGCCGUCUACUCCAACAUGAUGGCUUUGAGCAUAUCAUUCACGAUAAAGAUGAUCCGCCUAAGCCUCCGGCGAAGACCGCCCCUGUCGAAAAGGCUCUUCCAGCAACGCCCGACCAACAAGCCCUCCCUGGUGCUGCAUCAGUCAGCGGCGUUGCAAACGGACUAUUGCAAAGAGCAAGGUCUGUUGUGUCACGACCAGGCGGCAAGGCACGCCCGAUGUCGUACGCUCAACCCUCCCCACCAGCACCCACUGCCAAUGAGAAUCCUGAUACAGCACCCAGCAUUCCCAUCGGAAGGGGACAUCGUCGCGCACGUUCUGACCAAGCCCAGGCGGACAUGGCUGUCCCUGGUGCCGCCGCCGCCGUUGUGCACCAGAUGAACCGCGCAUCUACCAUGCGGACAGUUUCUAGCGGGCCAUUAAGCCCAGGGAUCCGACCAUUGAGUCCACAACUAUCUCAAAAUCGACAAUCAUACUUUGGAGGAUCAUCCAAUCGAGCAACUUCCGCUUCUGGACAGCAAGGCGGUAGUUCAGCGAACAGCAUUACGAGCGAGCAUAGUGAUGAACAGCGGUCAGGAACAGAUGGAAGCUCGACCGCUCCAGCUAGCUCGCAAGGCCAGGGCAAUAUACCUGGGGCAGUGAUGAAGCAGAACCAUCUCAGGCCUUUGAGAUUGGUUCAAGAACAAGUGGCAACAGAGGAAGAUGAGAGGAAACGAGCCAACCGAGGAAGCUGGAUGGGUUGGCUCAGAGGGGGCACACUUGAGGCUCAAAAUGAUUAG